AAUCAUAUAUUUUAAGAAUUUAUAGCUUUUUUUGUCGAAUUUAGAAAAUUAAAAAAAAAAAAAAAUGGCUAAAAUUGAGGCUAAAUUAGCUAAAAAACGUAAAGCUAAAAAGCGCAAACUUACAACUGAAGAACACGACGAUGAAGUAGCGAACAAAAGCCUAAUUGUAGAAGACAUAGCGGAACAACAAUUUGAAUUUGUGCCAACUGCUCAGCAAAAGGAAAUUCCAGACCUGGGGAGAAUUGGUAAAAAACGCAAAAUUUUAGAAAAAGGUGAAGUCAAAGAAAAGCGGAGUAAAUUCGUAAGGGAAGAUGAUGAAUGCGAAGAUGUAACAGAUUUGCAUGCGCCUACUGAAGACGAAUUAAAAGAAAGCGAAAAACCGGAAAAUACUUUAGCUUUAAUGACGAUAAGACAAAAAAGAAGGGAAAAGCAUCAGCGAUUGUUGGAAAAACAAGAGGGAAAGGGCGCAGAACGUGAAAUGCGACGUGAUGAGGAUUAUUUGCGGAUGUGGUAUCAUUCUCGCAAUAUUUGGAAAUUUGAAAAAUUGAGACAAAUUUCUAUAGAACAAACAAUGUUGGAAAAACUGAGUAAUGAUAUAUGGCCUUUGGCCUUACAGUAUUUGGCGGGUACUAAGGGGGCGUCCAAAGAAAGAUUAGUUAAAAUAGCCAAUGACACUAUAGAGCAACUAGAUAAGCAAUCUGAAAAAUUAGAAGAAUCGGAAAAACAAAUCCUGCUUCAUUCUAUCAAAUAUCAAAGAGCCAGAGAUCUAUUACAAAUGCUUGCUUAAUUUUUUUUUACCAUUAAUAUGAAUGAAACACAUUACAAUUUUUCAUUUCUUCUCUUGUCUAAU